AAACCUUGGACUUGGUGCAGGAAUUACCUAAGACAAGCACAGACAAGCCACAGCCAUCUGGAGCCAGCAGGACCAGGCUCAAAAAUGUCCCCACUGGUGGGUCACCUUUGUUCCCAGACCUCCCAGUCAGUUACCAUCCACUUUCUGCCUUUGAAUUAAUGUCCUCCUUCCAACGGAAAUAAAGAGCGCUGUCUUCACUGCAGGAAGAGGGAGAAGCUGCGUCUACCAGGCUCAGAAUGAACUCGAAAAUGCAGGUGUUCUCUGGUUCCAAGUGGGCCUGCCUCUGCAAAAUGAUGACUUUGCGCCAGCAGUGUAUCCAGGGCCUUAGAAACAGCAUCAACUUACUCUUUCGAGUGGGAGGAGUCCCGUAUUCUGUUCUGGAACCCAUUUUGGAGAGUUGUACACCUGAUCAACUAGAGAAAUACAAUCAUGUACUAGCUGAAGAAACAGACCAAUCAUGGAAAAUGCAUCGGCAGCACAACUUUAAGAAAGAAAGGCUGAAAGAAGAUGAGUCAUGGCGGGAGAUGUACCUGCAGCUUCAGAAUGCCCAAGGGCAGCGGACAAGAGCACUGAUACUGAAGGUCAGGUCUGCACGUGCCAAUGAGCCCAAGGGCCAACAAGCAAAAUGGUCCUUUUCAGCUAGUUUGAAAGAGGAGCAGUGGCUGUCCAGGAAGAAGUCAAGGUCAUGCCAGCCCUACUAUACCCCACAACAAGUGGCCAUGCUCCCUCUAACAUCCCUAGGAGGCCGGCUUCUGACUGCAUGAGCACCACCAGUGCCCACUUGGCGCCGGCAGUCAGCAGCAGCAGCAGCAGCAGGAAGCCUGCAAAGUAGAUUGCCCCAAUGACAGCCAAGAUGGUUAAAGAUAUCAAGAACAGAUUCUCCCGACAAUGAACGGAGGACUGGCCUUGGAGAUGGAAUUUUGAAGGAGGAAUGCAAGGAUGGUGAGGGUGAGGGAAUGGCACUUCCAUAGGAGACCAGAAUCUUUAGCUUCAUGGAAACUUUUGGACUCCGACACCUGUAGUUUUCAAGUGUUGCACCUAUGAACCUUUGUGCCAUAGCAAUGGGGAGUGUGUGUGUGCGCCCGUGUGUGUAAACACCACACAAAGAAAAGGAUCCGGAUGGUUACAUGGAUAGAUGCUAAGGUUCAGCCU